UGCCGGAGUGGCUCACUGGUCCUGAGGUGGGAAUCAGUUGCAGAAUGAACUGCAGGAGUGUGUGCUGUAACCGCUGGUCAUCUGAGGAGAGGCUAGAUGGGAAAACUGUCAUCAUCACCGGAGCCAACACUGGGAUUGGAAAGGAAACGACCAGGGACCUGGCGAGAAGAGGCGCACGCAUCAUCAUGGCGUGCAGAGACCUGGAGAGGGCAGAGGAGGCACGAACGGACAUUUUGGAAGACACAGAAAAUGAGAAUGUGGUCAUCAGGAAACUGGACCUCUCUGACACCAAGUCCAUUAGAUUGUUUGCUGAACUCAUCAACAAAGAGGAGAAACAAGUGAACAUCCUGAUAAACAAUGCAGGCGUCAUGAUGUGUCCCUACUCCAAGACUGUUGACGGGUUUGAAAUGCAGUUGGGUGUCAAUCAUUUGGGGCAUUUCCUGUUGACUUGCCUGCUAAUGGACCUCAUCAAGCGCUCAGCUCCUGCCCGUAUUGUCGUUGUGGCAUCGGUGGCCCACACUUGGACUGGAAUUCGACUCGAUGACAUCAACAGUGAGAGGAGCUACGAUACCAUGAGGGCCUACGGGCAGAGCAAACUGGCCAACGUCCUCUUUGCGCGCUCACUUGCCAAACGGUUACGAGGCACAGGGGUGAGCGUGUUCUCUCUGCACCCGGGGGUGGUGCAGUCCGACCUGUGGAGACACCAGCACCAAUGUAUCCAGGUGGCAGUGAAGAUCUUCAGGAUUUUCACAAAGACGACACUGGAGGGAGCACAGACCACCAUCUACUGUGCUGUGGAGCCAGGCCUGGACAGCCAGAGUGGAGGGUACUUCAGUGACUGUGCUCCUGCAAGGUGCUCAAGGGCGGCUUCUGAUGAAGACGUGGAUCAAAAACUGUGGGAGAUCAGCUGUAACAUGCUUGGCAUCACCUGGCAGUGAACAGUGUUCAAUUAACUGCGCAGUGAAAGGACAUCAUAUGCUAUGUAUCACCUGUUAAAGAGCAUUUUUACGCACUUUUAUAUAGGCAUUAAUGUUACUGUUACUGAUGUGAAACAGGUUAUUUUUAUAACUUAAAGUACAGAACAGUCCAAAAGUCAGAGCCCUUUUAUUUUGUAUAAACAUAAAAAUGUCAAUUUUUUGUGGUUGCAUUACAAACUGUCUUUUUACUGUACUUCAGUGACCCGUGUGGCCAUUCUACGUUUAGACCGUUUGUAUCUUGAAGUUGCUGCUUUAUCUUGUUAGCUUGUAAGAUGUUAAAAGGUGUUAGCCAGCCCUGGUCUUGCUUUGGAGGAAAUGUACUCUCUUACAUGCCGCAAACUUUGAAUUCCAGUGUGGUGGAACAACAGUUUUAGGCUCUGAUGAAAACAAUUUAGCUCUAAUCUGCAAUCCAAAAUUCCUUCUGUCAAAGUAACAUUUGAAAGAAAUACUGUACAUCGGAGCACACAUCCUGUAUAUUGGUUGAUAGUUAAAGCCCUUGACAGAUGACAGAUAUGAAGUGGGUUUUGUAGCAUUUAAAGUAUUAUACAUUUAACCGAAGAAGGAAACAACUUUUAAUUAUGUUAAUGUGACAAUAUGUACUGUAUGUAAAAAUUAAACUAGACUGGCAAACAUAUUGC